CCUUUUAGAAUUCCUCAAUUCUCCUCUCUGUCCACAAAUGUUCACAAAAACAAGCCCUAAUUUCCCUCCUUUUAUGUCUCAAAAGCAAUGGAUAAACUCUCUCUUUGAAUGCUGUCAUAGUUUCUUUCAGUAGAAAAUCAACUGUUUUUGCUGUUCUAUCAAAGAUCGUGCUAGAUUUCUAGGGUUUUUAAGGGUUUUGAAUGGUACGAGUAGACUGAGGUGCAUCAGACUACUUUUUGUCCGAGGAGAAACCUAAGAUAGUGAGAGAAUUUGAAAAUGGUGACGACAGAUGUUGAGCUGCAACUAACGCAACAGCUCAAGGAGGCAGGGAAGCGGCUUUUACGGCCCCCGACUUCCGAUGAUGAACUUCUCCAUGUUCUUGAUCAAACGGAUAAACUUCUAUCGAUGGUGGAUCAAUCACCCAAUGAUUUAAUGAAAGAAGUACUAACUCCAUUACAAAAGUGCUUGGUUGAUAGAAGUCUUGUAGAUCAUUCAAAUGUGGAUGUGAAAGUUGCAGUGGCUGCAUGUCUCAGUGAAAUAACAAGAGUCACAGCGCCUGAUGCCCCAUUUGAUGAUCAGGAACUGAAGGAUGUCUUUCGCUUGAUUGUUUCUACGUUUGAGAAUUUAUCAGACAAGUCCAGCCGCUCGUAUAUCAAGAGGGCCUCAAUUCUUGAAACUGUUUGCAAAGUCAGAUCAUGUGUUAUUAUGCUUGAUCUUGAAUGUGAAGAGUUGAUUGUGGAGAUGUUUGAGCACUUUCUGAAAUCAAUAAGGGAACAUCAUCCUGACAACAUAUUUUCAUCAAUGGUAGAUAUUAUGAGCCUUAUUUUUGAAGAAAUCGAAGAAGUUUCAGAUAACUUGCUUAAACCACUACUGUUUAGCCUUAAAAAUGACAGCGAGGGAGUUCUACCAGUGGCACGGAAAUUGGGGGAACAAAUACUUGAGAAGUCUAGAGCUAUACUCAGGCCUUAUUUGAGUAAAACCCUCCCCGAUUUGGGUGAUUCAUUAGAUAACUAUAGCCCAGUUUUGGCUGCUGUAUGUGAAGGGGCAACUGUUUUUGAGCAAAAUGAUGAGAGUGAUUUGGUGCAGCAACAGACUGAUGAGAACAAAUUGGCCAAGGAACGUUCAGAAGAGGCACCACAGGCUGAUGAGAGCAAGAUUACAGUAGUAUCUUCGGAAGAGACAACUCAGGUGGUUAAAGAGAAUUCAGAAAGGCCUGCAGAGACUGUUGCCACUCCCACCAGAAUUUUGAAAAUAGUUAUGAGCAAUGGAGGAAGAGUUACUUUGACUGAAAAAGAUUCAUCACCUGUUAAAGAGUCCUCAAAGAAGCCAGAAGAAGCCAUUGAACAUCAAGAUUCUAGUUUGGGUAGCAAAGCCGACAUUAAUGAUUCAGUUGCUGAGUUGGCAAAUGUAGAAUCCGACAAGGAAGGAAAUAAGAUUGAUGCCACAUUGGAAUCAGUCCAACCUUCUCAUGGUGAAAACAAAGAUGAGAGAGAAAAUGAUGUUCAAGUUUCUGUUCCAGAAUUAGAAUCAAAACCAGAAGAGACUUCCAAUAAGGAAGUAAAUAAGACUGAUGUCACCAUGACAUCAUCCGAAACUUCUGCCUCUUCUCAUGGUGAAAGUAAAGAUGAGAAAGCCAGUGAAAAGAAAGAUGAGAAAGCUGAUGAAAAGAAAGAUGAGAAAGCCGAUGAAAAGAAAGAUGAGAAAGCUGAUGAAAAGAAAGAUGAGAAAGCCGAUGAAAAGAAAGAUGAGAAAGCCGAUGAAAAUAAAGAUGGGAAAAAUGAUGAAAAUAAAGAUGAGAAAGCCGAUGAAAAUAAAGAUGGGAAAAAUGAUGAAAAUAAAGAUGAGAAAGCCGAUGAAAUUGAAGUUUCUGUUCCAGAAGUAGGAACUGAAGUUGUAAAUGGUCCAUCACAAAGUGGGAGCCUUCCGGAAGAGAUGAAUGUUGAGAAGGUAUCACCACCUCAAGAAGAGGAAUCUGAGGUGGCAAAUGCUGGUUUAGAAUCACAAAGUGGGGGCCUACAGUAUAAGAUUCAUAUUAGAAAAGGUCCUCGUUCAAAGAAAAAGAGUAUGAUUAAAGAUGAUACACCUCUAAUAGAUGUUAUAAAGAAAAAGAAGGCAUCAAUUCUUCAGAAAGAUAAACUUCCAGUUCCAGCUACAACUGCUACACCAGAAGACGAGAAAAAAGCGGAUACAGUUGCUUCAGGUAAGAAAGUGGGCGGUGGUGGUGGUUCAGCGAAAAGGAAGCGUAAGAUGUCUGGUAAGAAAAGUGGUGGUGGAAAGUCAGGGGCAAAAAAGGCAAAACUGAAUGGUAAAAAAGUGGAUGCAGAGGUUAAACCUUCAACAACACCAUUGAUUGAAACGGAUGAUGAGAGUGAUUCUUUUGAUAAACCACUGAGACAGUCUUCUGCUGGUAAAGAAGAUGAAAGUGAUUCAGAUUCAAAACCAAUCAAGUUACCUGCUAUUGCUAAAAAAGGUAACAAAAACACUUCUUCUUCUUCUUCUUCUGUGGCAAAGAACAAAGAUGGAAAAAAGAACGCCUCAAGUGGUAAAAAAAAACUUGAAGAGAAGGACCAAGCAAAAUCCUUGCCUGAAGAUGAUGAUCAUGGGAUGGAUAUUUCUCCAAAGCUUGCAGAGGAAGGUAAAUCGGAGGAAACCUCAAAACGAAAAAGAUCCGUUGGUAAAAAUAAUUCACAGGCUAACAAGAACGUAAAGUAUGAUGAUAGCCUGAUUGGUUUGAAGGUUAAAGUUUGGUGGCCUGAUGAUCAUAAGUAUUACGAAGGUGUUAUUGAAUCCUUUGAUUCUGCUAAAAACAAGCAUAAGGUUUCAUAUGUGGAUGGAGAUGUAGAAACAUUGAAUCUUAAAAAAGAAAAAUGGGAAAUUUUGCAAGAGUUUUCUGCACGAAAUGAGAAGAAACCCACUGAAGUUCAUAGCACUGAUGAUGAUGAGACAUUAUCCAAAAUUAUUACUUACAAAUCAAAGGGUAAAAGUGACUCCACAAAGUCAAAGUCAAAGUCAAAAUCAAAGUCAACCGGUGUUGAUGAAAAAGAAUUAGAUGAUGGUGAUGCUGCAGAAAAGUCAACCGAGGGUAAAAACAGUGGGUCAAAGGGCGGAAAGAAGAGAAAGAAGAUGUAGGGAUGGGAUCUUCUGUGAUAUACUAGUUUUUUACAUUACAAUGGAUUGGUAGAUGUCAGUAAUUAGUUAAAGUCAGUCAGAGAUAUAAGAGUAGUCAAUAGUCAUGUUGAAAUUGCUUGGUAGAAGGUAAUUGUGCUUAAAUUUGUACCUUAUAGUAGGGUAAAAUUUAGUUGUAUCUUUUCAAGACUUACAGUAGGGGGGUAAUUAGGAGGCUAAUUUCUGUUAUAAAUAGGGUUGGAUGUGUAAUGUGUUGGC